UUAGCCAAAUUUGAACAAUAGGAGGAAGAGCCUCGGAGUGAAACGACAUCGAAGAGGCUACUUUUCAUUUUCUUCCAAAUGAAGCAAUUUAUUUUCCCCAAAUAAUUCGCCGCCUUUCUUUCCUCCCUCCUAAAUUCACUCCUCAUUCCCAGUCUCCAUCUUCUGCUCCUCCGUUCCCUCCCCGUCGUCUCUCCGAUCGUCAUGCCGAAUCCCCACUAUCUCCACGCGCCGUUACGGACGUCGCCGUCUUCUUCAUCGUCGGCACAAUCUUUAGCCUCCAAGCUGAUCCUUCUACUCACAUUCCUUCCUCUGUCUCUGGCAGCUUUGGCCUUCGUUCUACAAUGGAAGGGGGACGGAGGACUCCUAACCGACCCGGCUUCCGCCACUGCUCGUUGGGCUCCACAGGGUUCUCAUAACAACCACGAGGUGUUUCCGGGGAUGGAAGCCUCCGCUGCGUCUCUGCUGUCUCCUAAACCACAUCAAUCGUCUGAUUGUUUGAGUCUUGCAAGGAGCGGGUCUCCAUCUUUUCCUUAUUUCCGUGAUUGGAAGUUCGAUUUUGUGGCCAAUCUGAGGCCCAAGAUCUGUGUAACUACAAGUACAUCAGCCGGCCUAGAUCAAAUUUUGCCUUGGAUGUUCUACCAUAAGGUUAUUGGGGUGUCAACGUUUUACUUGUUUGUCGAAGGGAAAUCAGCCUCACCAGGCGUUGCUAAAGUUCUUGAAUCUAUUCCUGGAGUGAAAGUGAUUUACCGAACAAAAGAGCUGGAGGAGCAACAAGCGAGAAGCCGUAUUUGGAAUGAGACAUGGCUGUCGAGUUUCUUUUACAAACCAUGCAACUAUGAGCUGUUUGUUAAACAAUCUCUCAACAUGGAGAUGGCUAUUGUGAUGGCCAGGGAUGCAGGUAUGGAUUGGAUACUUCAUCUCGACACUGAUGAACUCAUACACCCUGCUGGUUCUAGCGAAUAUUCUUUGAGGCAGUUACUUCUUGAUGUUCCUGGGGAUGUUGAUAUGGUUAUCUUCCCAAACUAUGAGAGCAGUGUUGAACGAGAUGAUAUCAAAGACCCUUUUAGUGAGAUCUCGAUGUUCAAGAAAAAUUAUGACCACCUACCCAAGGAUACAUAUUUCGGCAUGUACAAGGAAUCUACUCGUGGUAAUCCCAAUUACUUCUUGACUUAUGGAAAUGGGAAAUCUGUUGCACGGGUUCAGGAACAUCUUCGCCCAAAUGGUGCACAUAGAUGGCACAAUUAUAUGAAAACUCCAAGCGAGGUAAAGUUGGAGGAGGCUGCAGUGCUGCAUUAUACUUAUGCCAAAUUUUCGGACUUGACAUCUAGACGUGAUCGAUGUGGCUGUAAACCAACAAAGGAUGAUGUCAAAAGAUGCUUUAUGUUGGAGUUUGACAGAUCUGCCUUCAUCAUAGCUUCUACUGCAACCGAGGAAGAAAUGAGAAAUUGGUAUCAUGAACAUGUUGUUUGGGGUGACAAGGAUCUGAAGCUGAAACUCUUGAGGAAGGGCAUUUUAGCUCGCAUUUAUGCACCCAUGGCGAUAAUACAGGGUCUUAGGGAGUCUGGUGUGUUUAGCUCUAUCGUUGCAUCUGCCCCAUCUAUUAUUUCGAAGGACAAGUUUUCAGGAUCAGCUGAGAGUAGUAACUCGUCAAGAGUUUCUGAUACUCUACACUCAAACAAGAUCAGGAAAAGCAGCACAUUGAAUCAGACAACUGCUCGGAAAGUGCUGACAUUUAAGGCUACUGCAUUCAAUGAUGCAGCUGUGCCUCCACUGCCUCCCCCAGGAGCAACUGAUGACUUGGUACUUGUGGAAAAAGCUUGAUUCGUGUUCUGGACCGUAUGCUUGCUCUUUGGCCCUGUCUAGAAGAUGAUAUUGUUAGCGUUCAAGGGAAGAAUCAUGGUGGAAAAGAAAGAGCUCAGGAGGGGGAUUGUGUGUUGCAGUUGUAUGUAUUUGCGUUAGUUGGUUGGUUCUUCCCGAUCAUGAUCCAAGCGCACUUUUGUACAUGUAGAAGAGACACUGAUUCAUCCAUUCUUUCUGGGUCUCAACCUGACGUUUGAGACUGGACAGCUCGAUGUACCGUUACUUUGUACAGCAACCAGAGUUUUGGUAGAGCAAACAUAUUACCCAGAUUGAGUGCGAAUGAUGUCUGAGGUGAACGCAACUAUUGGCCAAACUUAAUCAAAAUAUCCGUUGUAC